CGAGUCAUUCAUCCUUUAAUUAAAUUGGGUGGGGCUAGGUGCGCGUGCGCGCUGCCAAUACUCCGCCCUAAACUGCCAACGCUUCGCGCAAAAGAGGUAGAACCGCCCUUCUUGGUAUUACGCGUGCGCAUUGUCAGACCUGUCCCGGAAGACCACACGCUUGCGCCGUGGAGACUACAGUGACAGUGACUUGGAUGGGGCGCGAGCCAGUUAUGGCGGAACCUUGGUUUGGGCAAACCUUGCAGGCUUUGCCCGCAACGGUGGUGGGUGCAUUGGGAGCCCUGGGCAGCGAGUUCUUGCGGGAAUGGGAGGCGCAGGACAUGCGCGUGACUCUCUUCAAGUUGCUACUGCUGUGGUUGGUGUUAAGUCUACUGGGCAUCCAGCUGGCGUGGGGUUUCUACGGGAACACGGUGACCGGGUUGUAUCACCGCCCAGAUCCUCACCCCCAGCCUGCUGCAGCUCUGGAUGUGUUCCUGCCUCCAGGUCUGGGCGGCCAGAAUGGAUCCACACCUGAUGGCUCCACGCAUUUCCCUUCCUGGGAAAUGGCAGCAAAUGAACCUCUCAAAACUCACAGAGAAUAAGGGAAUGCAACAGCAGAAAGGUCUCCAGAGGCAUCAGUGGAAGUGCUGGAUCCUACAAUGUGUCAUUUUGUUUGUGUUUUGAGACAGGGUCUUGGUGUGUAGUUCAGGCUGACCUUGAACUAUGUAGCCCAGGCUGACUUUGAACUCACAACAAUCCUCCUGCCUUAGUCUCCCAAGUGGUGGGAUUACAGGUGUGAGCCAGCAUACCUGGGUCCUACACUGUGUUUUGCUGCUGCUUAGAUGCUCAGAUCCCAAGAAUGACUGCAGGAGGCCCAGGAUUGAGGUUAGGGAGUAUCUCUCCAUAGCCUUCAGUGUUGGCUCCAGUAGACCCCAGGUACUGAGCAAGUGAAGAGUUUUCCUCUACCCUAAUCUAAGACUCUCAAGGAGAGAAGACAUGUUUCUUCUGUCUCAGGGGUCAAAGCUCAGGAGACGCCUUGUGUUGGGAAGGCCUGCAGUCCCUUUUCUGUUUUGACUUUUUCCUAUCCCCCUUUUUAUCCUAAGAUAUGACCACAGAGAUUUGUCUCUCUGAAAAGCCUGAGGUUGACCAGUUCUGGGAUUGUAAGGAAAGUCUAUUCUUGCCUAAACCCUGAAUUUGUUUGGUUUUGCUUUGUUGGCAGGGAACCAAGUAAUCUGGCCUGGGCUAGGCUUUCUACUUUAUGGUUAUUUAACUGGCUACUGAAGUAUAAGGCAAGGUGUCCUUGCUAGCAUCAUCCAGAUGAAGGCACCAGACACUCACCUCCCUGACCCAAACAGAGCUCUCCAGGUAUGAGUCAGGUAAAGGAGAUUAUCAUUUCCCAGCUGUCUUCUUAUUUCUCUGUCCUCAGAAGAAAGCAAGGUGUCUGAAAGAGACAGAGCCUGUUAACUGAGCCCAUGGGGCUUCCACCAAGGGUUUAAGUGCUCUUGGGGUCUUAGGUCUGUACCCUGCCUCCUCCAAGGGAAGUACUAAGCAGUUAGGGCAAAGUGGCUCUGUCAUGCCCUGAAGUCUCAUCAUUUCUUAUCAUGUCACAGAGCAAAGUCUUUAUUUUGAAACCCCACUAGCACUGGCUCAGCCCCUAGAAUUCUUCAGCAUGAAAGAGCCACAGGCCAGGCAGCUCUACCCCUUUGCACUGGGCAGGAGAGAUUUCAGAGGAGUGGGUGACAAAAAACACUGCUUCCUGAAUGCAUUGUGUCCCUCGAUGUACCUCCCUGAAUGGCAGUCCUGCUGCCUACCUCUGCUGUGCCAUCUGCUAUCUCAGUCCCCCACACCUGCUUCUCCAUUAGAUGUCAUAUAUCCAUCUGGCACCCUCUUAGCCUUAGCAGAUUCUGGCAGAGGUAUACUGGACGUCCCUAGGCUUAGCCACCAACACUACUAUACAGAUUCAGGGGCUCACAUUUUACCCAGGUUCAACUGAAAAUGUGGCUUAUUAAACACGGAAAUGCAUCCGUUGUAAUUAUUUUAAAGAAUAAGUUGUGUGUACAAGGGCAGUUGGUGAGGUAAUAUCCUGAAGGCUACUGCCCUUCAGGAGAAAGAAUGCAAUGGUUUGCAGACGUGGAAAGAGGAUGCCCAUUCCCUGGAGAAGUGGUAGGGUGUGGGGUGUUCAAUAGGGACAAUAUCUUUGUUGGCUUGGGUUUUGAUACUUUAUGAUACUGGGGAUUGAACCUAGGGCCUUGCCUAUGCUACCAAGUACCCACCACUGAGCUACAUCUCCAGCUCUCUUGUUGGUUCUUAUCA